AUGAAUAGACUAUUUGGGACCAAAAACACUGCACCAAAGCCAUCCUUGAACGAUGCAAUCAAGGGAAUAGAUGAAAGGGUGAGCUCGUUAGAUGUCAAAUUGAGCAAGAUAAAUUCCGAAUUAUCAACUUAUCAGCAAAAGCUAACUAGAAUGCGUGAUGGACCAGGAAAGUCGGCAUUGAAGCAAAAGGCUUUAAAAUUGUUGAGACAACGGAAACAAAUUGAGGCCCAAAAGGAUCAACUAGAGAACCAGUCGUGGAACAUGUCCCAAGCAUCAAUGACGACUGAUAACUUGCAAAAUACCAUGGUCACGGUCAAUGCAAUGAAAACAGCAAACAAGGAAUUGAAGAAGACGUAUGGAAAAAUAAAUAUUGAUGAACUUGAAAACUUACAGGAUGAAAUGUUGGAUCUAAUAGACAAGUCUAACGAGUUACAAGAGGCACUUUCGACAAGCUAUGAUGUACCAGAAGACGUGAGCGAGAGUGAGUUAGACGCCGAGUUGGAGGCUUUGGGAGAAGAAAUUGAUUUCGAAAAUGAAAUGGCUGAAAGUGGAAUAGGCGCACCUAGUUACUUGAACGAUGCAGAGCCAGCUAAUUCAGAUAAACUCCCGACUUUUAUUGACGAAGAACCAGAAAAUACUGAAAAAAUUGCUAACUAG